CGGCUUUGUUAUGUCUCUCGCUGUCUUCACCUCGCCGUCGACGCCCGAGCGCGGCGCUCGGAUGGACGAGUGGCUAGGCGCGGGCGGCAGCGGCUGGUGCCACGUGCGGCUGCCUCCGAUUCACCCGGAAUCAUUUGACGUCGAGUGGAACGACGCCGCCGAGGGCCGGCUUGCGCCGGUGCGCGUGCUCAACCGGACCUCUCGUGCGCGGCUGAUCACGAUGCAGCCGCCGUGGGGGCGGCUCGACCGCGACGCAGAGGGAGGCAUCGGCUCGGCGCACAAGGUGGCGUGCACGAUGUACCACGUGCUCGCACUCGAGUGCUUUGCCGCGCGCUGCCACCCCUGCGUGGCACACGCCCGCUUCGCAGCCGUCUUCGAGGACGACGCCGUGUUUGUGCCCGGCACGUCGCCCGGCACUGCGGCGGGCUUUCCCGCGCUCGCCGCCGCCGCCGCCGCCGCUGCCUUUGACGCGCACGGCGUGAACAAGCUGCACCUCGCCGUCCAAAAGGUCAAGGCCGAGGGGCGCAACGGCUCGCCCAACGCGUGCACGCGGCUGCUCGAGACGACGAGCUUCGCGGGCGGCGCGCGGCUGCUCCGCUGCCCGAAGUUCUCCGACUCGCACGCGUAUGUCAUCGAGCACUCGCAGGCGGUGCGGGUGGUGACGGCGUACCGCCUGCUGCUCGAGCGGGACGGGAGGGCCUCAGGCGAGUGCGUCAACCCGUGGUACGGCGAUGGCUGCGCGACCGACCCAGGCGUCCUCGCCGCCUACUUCAAGCAGUGCGACCAGCUCAAAGGGCGCAGGCGGUCGAAUGGCUCCUGUCGUGGCGCCCUGCUCGCCUCGGCUGGCGACACCUGGUCGCUGCGGCACGAGAAGAAGCAAAAGUACCGCGUUGGCCUCGCGUCCACCGGCACCAACGUGAACGUCUACCCGGCGAUCGUCCGGCUGCGAGCGGCCGUUUCGAACGAGACAUUUCUGGCGGAGGCGAGGCGCGCGGGCCAUGCGCUCGCGGGCCGGGGCGCGAGGUCGCAGUGAUGUUUUGAUAUCCUCCUUGCUGUGUGGUCGUGUGACUCGUAUGUCAUUGGAGGUCUCUCGGUCU